AAAUAAAUUUAUUUUCUUAUAAUUUAUAAUUUUAGAAUACUGAAUAAUGUUUAACUACCUAGUGUAGAAUCUUCAUCUCGUAGAAGUUGGAUAUACAAAUCAGAUAAAUUCAAUUGGGCAAUCUUUGUAUUCCUUAAUCCUUAUAAUAUUAUUAAGAAUCACCUUAACUCUGAAAAGUAUGCAUCCUGAUUUGUCACCUCAUUUGCACACAGAUGAAUGCAAUCAAUUUACCAUGGAAUUUAAAAACUGUAAUGUAGAGCAUAAAGUUUUGAGAUUUGUUGGCAGAUGUGAUAAAAUCUAUGAUCGAAUGGUACACUGUUUUCACUUAGAGAGGCAAGCCAAGCGCCAAAAAAAUAAUGAGGAAGCGAGAAAGCAUCAAGCUUUGGUGAGACAAAGGAUGUUAGCAGAAAUGAGAUCAGACAGAGAACAAGGAAUUGAGAAUUGAGAAUAUGUCAUAUUUGUUGUGUAUAGGUUUAGGUAUAAAUUAAUGAAAAAUAAAUGUAAUAAAAUAUAACAGUUUUUAAU